CUCUUUUCCUGUGUUGUACGAUUUAAUCCUUUUCGAUUCUCUCUUCUUCUUCUCUAUUCGCAGUAAACACCAGAACCAGAAAAGAAGAAGAAGAAGACACUUGGAGAUAGAUAAUUGUUCGAGUAUUAAGUUCCCCCAUCCUUCCUCCUCCUAUUCCCCCACUCCAGGUUUACCAGUAUCAGUUAACAGUUUUAAGAUUGGAGGUUCUGAGAGGAUGAUACGGUUAACCAGGGUUUUGGUUUUCUAGCCAGAGUUAUUUUGUUGGAUUGGAUCUUGCUGGUGUACAGUCUAUUGUUAGUUUUGGUAUCAGCUAGUAAAGUUGCCUAAUCAAUAACGAAGAUUUUAGUAAUAAAGUCGCAUCCAGAAGCUAGUAUCAUGACUUCUUCGCGACGUGAUCAGUCAUCUCAGUCUGAUGACAGUGGAGCUGAUGAGCAGCAACAGCAGUCUGAAAUUCAUUACCAACAUCAGCCACCGGCACCUGGAAUCUUACAUCCUGGCGCCGCAUCAUCCUCGGUGGAGUACAUGAUGCCUCCUCACUAUGAAGUUGGACAUGCUGUGGGACAAGCUUAUCCUUACCCAGAUCCGUAUUAUAGAAGUAUUUUUGCAUAUGGCGCUCAACCCAUGAUGCAUCCUCAAAUGAUGGGUCCCCACCAGGCUGGGGUUCCAAUGGGGGCUCAACCAGCUACAGUUCCAUUGCCUUCUGAUCCGGUUGCAUUGCCGUCUGAUGCAGUUGAAGAGCCUGUAUAUGUUAAUGCUAAGCAAUAUCAUGCUAUCCUGAGACGCCGCCAAUCUCGUGCCAAAGCUGAAUCAGCAAACAAAUUGAUCAAGUCCCGGAAGCCAUAUCUUCAUGAAUCUCGACACUUGCAUGCUUUGAGAAGGGUUCGGGGAUGCGGUGGUCAGUUUCUGAAUGCCAAGACUGACGAUAACCAACAGAGUGAGGCCUCCCAAAAUAACAAAACUCAUUCUCGUAAUUCAUCUGAUAAAAACAAGAAUGCUUCAGCCGAGAAAUCAUCUUAAGCUCCUUGCAGUUCUGGGCAGUACAUGGGAAAAUUCAAAGAUGAUUAUCAAGAGAGGUCUGAUCUUCGUCUAACUUGUCAUUCUUUAGUGGUUGCAAGAAGAUCAGGUUUUCACAUCAGAAGUUAACUAGUUUCUCACUCAAGAUUUGAGGAGAAUUGGAAGUAGGCAAUUAGUUUAGAUGGUACUUAAUGUUGAAAAUAGAAAAUAAAAAAAAGCGUGGAUUGUUGGUCUUUUUCGUUUUUGUCAGAUAAUAGUUUUAGGUAUUGCUAGAAACAUGAGUGGGGGUUUUAUCAGGGAUGCUGAAGCCCAAAAUUCUAUACCAUAGAUAGCUGAAUUGAUGAACAUUGUUUAUUUUUUAAUGAUUGUUCUAUAAUUGAGAUCAGAGAAUAAAUCGAUGAUCAGGUUGUAAAUUAUCCAAUUUUGUAUGUCAGAACUAUUUUUCUCUUGCAGGUUCUUA